UGAAGAAUAGAUUCCCUCAAUCUCUCUCUCUUUCUCUCUCCUCGUCAAGUCAAGCUGGUGGUCUGUUCAUCAUUUCUUCCUCUUUAACGAUUUUUGAUGUCAGUAGUUUUCUGUUUCAUUUCUCUUCCGUUUUAUAGAUAUAGCUAGCAUCUCAUUCGAUGGCGGCGUCGGUGUUUCUGUACCAUGUCAUAGGGGACCUCACUUUGGGUAAACCGGAAUUGGAGGAGUUUACCGAGACAGAAACAGUCGAGGCAGCUAUAAGAGCGAUUGGAGAAUCCAUGGAAGGGGAAAUUCCAGUCUGGAAAAAGAAAUCUGCCUCUCCAAUCGAGGAUUUUCAGGCGAGGCAGCUCAGGUUUGUUGGUAUUCUCAAUUCUCUCGAUAUUGUAGCUUUCUUAGCCAGAGAAGACUGCUUACUGGAUCAAGAAAAGGCCCUUAAGACUCCUGUCUAUGAGAUUGUUGUUCCUAACGGCGCCUUGCUCAAGCAAGUCGAUCCAGCUACCAGAUUAAUAGACGCACUUGAGAUGAUGAAGCAGGGUGUUAGGCGACUCCUUGUUCCAAAAAGCGUAGGUUGGAAAGGCAUGAGCAAGCGGUUUUCAAUGAUGUACAAUGGAAAAUGGCUGAAGAAUCUCGAAACAAGCAGCAACAACCUAAUCUCAACCACCACAACAGACCGCCUCCCCUCUUUCUCCUCUCGAAUCUUAAUCCGCGACAAAUUCUGCUGCUUAUCGAGAGAAGAUGUAAUUCGUUUCUUGAUCGGGUGCUUAGGCGCAUUAGCUCCCCUCCCUCUCUCGUCAAUAACUUCUCUUGGAGGGGUUAAUCUUAACUACCAUUUCAUAGAAUCCUCCCUUCCGGCCAUGGAAGCCACGAAGAAGCUUCCCCAAUCCGGAGCUGGUCCUUGCGCGGUGGCAGUUGUGGAGGCGAUUACUGGCUCUAAUAAAUAUAAGAUAAUCGGCGAGAUAUCAUCGUACCAACUUUGGAAGUGCGAUUAUUUAUCGAUAGCGUGGGCUUUGGCGAAUCUUUCGGCUGGUCAGUUCGUGAUGGGGGUCGAGGACAAUGUAGCUCCAACCACAAUUGCGGUUGAGGAGAAACUAUUACCGAAACCGAAGAAACUCAGCGUGUUUCCAGGAGGUAGUAUUGUUGGUCGGAGUAUUAUGUAUAGGGGGAGAAGUACCGCGUUGACUUGUAAGGUGACAAGUUCUUUGGCGGCGGUUAUGGCUCAGAUGCUAUCGCAUCGAGCUUCACAUGUGUGGGUAACUGAGGCUAAUAAUGAAGAUGUUCUUGUUGGGGUGGUGAGUUAUGCGGAUAUUUUGUGUGCGGUUACUAGGCAACCGUUGAUACAUGCAACUGCUUCUCGAGAUUCUCUUAGUUGAUGGUACGGGAGGGUCAAUUUAUUGUGUGAUUUCGAUAAAAAAAAUUUAAAAAAGAAAAAAAAAUGUUUUGUAAUUUUAUUUUGGCUCUUGAAAUUAUUUUUUGAGCCCCAUACCUUAUUUGCCUUCCAUUUAUGGGAGGAAGGGCUAUGGAUUGUAAAUUGUGAUUUUAGAUGUCUUGAGCAUGGAAAAUAUGAACUUGUUUCAUGUUUGUUUGUUUGGUUAUAGAUAAAAUGGAAGAAUAUGCAGGUUAA